AGGAUGCUCCACACUUGGGACCAAAGCUUGGAUCAAAGCUCAAAAAGAACAGCAUGUUACAAUCGUCCAUCACAGCCUUCACCAAAGGCAGCUCCAAACCUGCUGCAGGACACACAGGACCUCGCCCUAUAGCAGCUGUGGCUCCUCACAGAUCGCCAGGUAGUUUUCAGUCAGGGCUAAAGAGGAAGAGAACUACUCUACCAGUGGACCUGUCAUUGGAUGACGAUGAUGACUUUGCAGAGACCUCAAUCAGACAAAGUCAACUUCUGAAAAAAUCACCCAGAUCAAGUUUGAAGGUCAGAACUGACAAGGUGCCAGAGGAUGUGGUGGAGGAUUCUGAAGAGGAGGAGGAUGUAGUUCAUCAGACAAAACGUAGACGACCAGCAGCCAUUGUUAGUGAUGAUGAAGAUAAUGAGGCAGCCAUUAUGGACCCUCCUGCUGGAGUCCAUCCAGGGGGAGAUAACCCAAAUCAUGACUCUGGUGCAGAUAAUGCAAGUAAUCAAGUAGAGGAGGAUUUUGUUAAUCAUCCAUUGCUGUCAAGAAGUGUCACAAAGGUUGACCACGCCUACAAGGAGGAGACUCGUCACCUGUUGUUACAUGUGAUGGAUGAGGUGUGUGAUAUUGUUGGCCGGAUCAGCAUGUCAGACUUAAUGAGUGUCACCUGGGACAAUUACGAGAGGCUUCAGAAGCUACUUGGAGCUAGGAAAAUGAUUAAAGACAAAUCCAUGGACUUCCCUGUACUGGGCUCUUUAACAUUUUGUUCGAAUGAAAAGAAAACAUGCCCCAAAGCUGUUACCUCAGACGCGCUGAGAUUUGUGGCCAAUAGACUUGAGCCUAGCACUCCUUCUGCUGGUUGUCAGAAGUCCUGGAAUUCCAUGUCUGUACAAGGGACAAACUCUACCUCAACACCUGUGGCUAGUGUUUCCAAAGACAUCCCUUUCUGUCAGUCCAAAGCUCCCACACCACCGGUCAGUCGGUGCAAUGCUUCGAGUCUUUCCAUGACUAAAGGGUCACCUAUUCCGUGUGGGGAUAGCUUCUUCGAGGGGGAAUCUCCAUUCACACAGGCUCAGGUUGACUUUGUGCAAAACUUACAGCCAUCAAACUCUUCAUCUACAAACAAACCCAAAAAAGUUAGCUUCUCAAAUAGAAAUUCAGAGGCUUACCAGUUGCCUUCCAAGAAGGACUUUUUUGAUGAUGAAUUGCCAGAUAUAUCGUCUCAGCCCGAGACGCCUCAGAAGCGAUUAGAUUUCCAACCAAAUAACGUGAAAUAUCCGAAAACGUCAAGCUCAAGUUCUUACUGUAACAACAACAACAACAGAACAUCCAUUUCAAAUGCUCAGACUCCCACUGCCAGUUCUCAGGACAGUCUCCCUAUGGAUGAUGUGUUUGAUUCCCAGAUAUUUUCUGACCAGUUUGAGGAUGAUCUGGAAAACCUCAUAGACAUGGCUGAACGUUACGAGACGAAAAACCAGGGAAAACCAUCUCCGGCUCAUUCUCAACACACUGUUCAGAUUAAAAAAGAUGCAUCCAUGUUGUCAUCCAAGAAUACCCCAUCAAAACAGUUCUGUGAGAGAUCUAGCAACCAAGAUUCUUACCAGCCUUUGUUCAGUAAGAAUGACAAAGAUGAUGGCAGCACUGGGGAGUUUGAUGGCAAUUCUUAUCCACAUUCUAAUGACAUGCUGAAAGUCUUCAAAAACAUUUUUGGGCUGCGGCAGUUCCGCACCAACCAGCUACAAGCUAUCAACGCAGCUCUCUUAGGAUUUGAUACCUUUAUUCUCAUGCCAACAGGUGGUGGGAAAAGUUUGUGUUACCAGUUACCAGCCCUUGUGACUAAGGGUGUAUCUGUGGUUGUCUCCCCUUUAAGAGCGUUGAUACAAGAUCAAGUUCAGCGACUGGUAUCCUUUGGUAUCCCAGCUGCCCACCUGUCCAGUGAUGUGGAUGUCGCUCAGGCUGACAUGAUCUACAGACAAAUCUUUAUGAAAGAACCAAUCAUUAAGCUGCUGUACGUCACACCAGAAAAGCUGAGUGCCAGUGAGAAGUUGCUAAAUGCUCUGUCACACUUGUACAAGCGUAAAUUGCUAGACAGGUUUGUCAUUGACGAGGCCCACUGCGUCAGUCAGUGGGGUCACGAUUUCCGCCCUGACUACAAGCGUCUUAAUGUGUUACGGCAGAGGUUUGAAGGAGUUCCCACCAUGGCUUUGACAGCCACUGCCACGCCCCGUGUCCGUAAAGAUAUCAUACAUCAACUUUCCAUGCACAAUCCAAAAUGGUUUAUGCAGAGCUUCAAUCGUCCAAACCUAAAGUAUCGAGUCCUGCCAAAGAAAGGGAAAUCCACGACUUCUGAAAUGAUUAACAUGAUGCAGUCUGUCUUCAGGGGAGAGUGUGGUAUUGUCUACUGUCUAUCCAGGAAGGAUUGUGACUCUACAGCUCAGGAGCUACGGCGUGCAGGAAUCAAGGCUGAGGCCUAUCAUGCUGGCCUGAGUGAUGGUGAUAGGGUGGCUGUGCAGGAGAAGUGGAUUAACAGUGACGCCUGUAAGGUUGUGUGUGCCACAAUUGCAUUUGGUAUGGGUAUCGACAAGCCUGAUGUGAGGUUUGUGUUCCACUUUUCCCUACCCAAGUCUGUGGAAGGUUACUACCAGGAGGCUGGCAGGGCAGGAAGGGACGGGCUGCUGGCUCACUGUAUCCUCUACUACAACUACCAGGAUGUGAUGAGACAUCGCAGGAUGAUAGAGAUGAACACAGAUGCAUCGUAUGAGUCUAAGAAGGUUCACAUGGACAACCUGUUCCAGAUGGUGAGGUACUGUGAGAACCAGGCCGACUGCCGGCGCUCUCAGAUACUCCAGUACUUUGGGGAGAACUACUUUGACCGCACACAGUGUAACGUGUACAGAGGUGCUACCUGCGACACAUGUGAAUCUCAGAAUUCGUUUGAGACUCGGGAUGUGACAGAAGAUGCUAAGCUGAUUGUGAAGGGUGUGCGGGAAAUGACCUCAGGCAGGGGGAGACAAUUCACUCUGCUUCACAUUUCAGAAGUCUUCAAAGGAUCUCAGAAUGUUAAGGUGAAGGCAGCGGGUCAUGAUCGAUCUAUUCUACACGGAAAAGGCGCAGCGUACGCCAAGCAGGAUGUAGAGCGCUUAUUACGGAAGCUCAUUGUGGAGGGGGUGUUGAUGGAAGAACUGGUUAUCACCGCUCAAGAUCAUGCAGUGUGCUAUGUCCAUCCUGGAAAGCGGGCCAAUGAUCUCAUGCAGGGCAAAUUGAAGAUUGAGCUUCAAAUCCACAACAAGACUGGCAGUAAAGUGAGUAAGAUAGGCCAGGAGACGCAGACGAAUAAACAGAAGCUGACCGAAGAGUGUUACAAGGAACUUCUGCAGCAAGCCAAGGAGACGGCCAAGGUGUACAAUGUGAACAACUAUGCCACAGUGUUCCCUAACCAUAUGUUGAGGGAAAUGGCAGAGGAGUUGCCUCUGACAGAUGAGGAGGCACAGAAACGUAUCACUGGUCUGACCAAACACAAGUAUGAGAAGUAUGGAUGUUACAGCUUUCUGGAAAUCACCACCAAAUACCUCUCACUCAUCUCCAGUUUACCGGAUGCUCCUGAGGAUGAUAUCAAAGACGACAGUGCUCUGGAUGAAUGGGAUUCUCCCUACUUUAACCCCAACUCCACCCACACAUCUUUUAGGGGCAAGAAGAAGACAGGCUUCAAGAAGAAGUAUUACAAGAAGACAGGUGGAAAACGUGGAGGGCGAGGAGGUGGGAGCUAUGGGGCACAGAAGUCCAAAGGAAGCAGCUUUUCCAAAGGUGGAAACUCAUUCAGUCAAUACUCAUAUGGUAACAAGACUAGUCGUGGUGGUCGAGGCAGCAAGACUGGGGGGCGUGGCAGCUCAUCAAGUAGCUACACCUCAGGAGGAGGUCGACUGGGCUUCAUGAACGAUCCAAAGCCAAAAUCAAGGUCUUUCCUCGGUGGAACUACAUCCUUGAUGUGAUCUGAUGUGAAAACUAACAAGCCAAGACUUACUGACGUAAUUCCCCCAGCCUUUGACAAGCCUCUGUGUUGCAUGCUUUUUAGCUCAACCUGUGAACAUUUAUUUUGUCUACAUAAAUACAUACUUAUUUAUAUUUUUGGAAAGCUCUCGCAUUUGGACAUUCAAGUAAAUUCUUCCAUAUCUGCAGAAAAAAUUAUUUCAAUAUCUAUGUCUUAGCUUGCCAAAAAAGUGUCAGCAGGUGAAAAUAUGGACUGUCCUUUGUGAUUUUCGUUUUCUGACAAAAAGCGUAAUUUGAAGUAUUUUUUAUAUGAUCUGUCUGUUG